AAUGAAGCUGUAGCUUCUUCCGGAAUGACGUCAUUAAAUGGCGUUGAGGACUUGAAAGAAAAGGGAGAAGGAAGUCCUUUCGUUGUAUAAAUUAUACAUUUCCGAACCAUUCCGUGUGAUUUUUUUCUUCGUUAUUGGCAGCUUUAUUAAGUUGUUAAGCCGUUUUUGAAUUAAAAGAUGGAUGUAGAUCUAUAUUUAGGCUAAAAUUGGAUCUAGAUUAAAUUAUUUCAAUUUAGUAUCAGUGAGUGAGUAUUCAUUAUCAAAUCUACAGUAACACUAUGAACGGCUUAUCAUUUAGUGAGCUUUGUUGCCUUUUUUGUUGCCCCCCUUGUCCGGCACGAAUCGCAGCUAAAUUGGCAUUUUUGCCACCAGAAAAAACAUAUGAUCUCAUAUCUGACGAAACUGGGUCCCGUUACAGUUUACACCUAACAGAGAGAGCAGAAUGGCAAUAUAGUCAAAGAGAACUUGACAAUAUUGAAGUUUUUUAUACCAGAACAAGUAAAAAUAACCGAAUAGUUUGCAUGUUUGCUAGAUGUACACCAAAUGCCAAAUUCACAAUUCUUUUUAGCCAUGGUAAUGCUGUUGAUCUAGGACAGAUGAGUAGCUUUUAUAUUGGGCUAGGGUCAAGAAUUAAUUGUAACAUAUUUAGCUUCGAUUACUCUGGUUAUGGUGCCAGUGGAGGAAAACCAUCAGAGAAAAAUAUCUAUGCAGAUAUUGAUGCAGCAUGGCAAGCCUUGAGAACAAGGUACGGAAUCAGUCCACAGAACAUUAUACUAUAUGGUCAAAGUAUAGGUACUGUGCCAACUAUAGAUCUUGCAUCUCGAUAUGAAGUUGGAGCUGUUAUUUUACAUUCACCUUUGAUGUCCGGUAUGAGAGUUGCCUUCCCAGAAACCAAAAGGACCUGGUUUUUUGAUGCUUUUCCAAGCAUAGACAAAGUGCCCAAAAUAACAUCUCCAGUUCUGGUCAUUCAUGGUACAGAGGACGAAGUUAUAGAUUUCACACAUGGUUUAACUAUAUAUGAACGCUGUCCACGAACAGUUGAACCACUGUGGGUGGAAGGUGCAGGCCAUAAUGAUGUAGAACUAUAUGGUCAAUACCUAGAAAGACUCAAACAGUUCAUAAAUGUUGAAUUGGCUGUCAAUUGACUAGCAGCCACAGAGGAAACUGUUCAAGGUGACCAUGACUUGGUGCCAAUGGAUUCAGAGGUGGUUCUCCCCACUGCCAAUGAGGAUUUAGAUGUGACAGUGGAGGAUGAAGACAUAUCUCCACAGCAUGAUACACAGGCAACCUUGUCCUUACAACUCCCUCCUCAGGAGGAGAGAGUUGUAUGACUCACAGCUUUAGACAUUAGCCGAACAUCUCAUUUAAACUGCUCUAAUCAUCAUGUUCCAAACAUAAAUUGUAAUCAUCAUCUAAACUGAAAUGUUUUCUUUGUUCUUUUUAAUACAGAAAAGUUAGUGGUUCCAACGAACAAUAAAAAAAAAAAAGCAUUAGAAGGCCUUUUUUUUUUCUGAUCCAUAUUUUUAUGACAAAAUGUAAUAACUUUGAAACUAGAAAAUAUUUCACAAUCAGUACCAAUAACAAUUUGGUACUUUUAAUUCAUUUUUUGUGUCUUACUCUUACAAUUUAAUAGAAAAAAAAAGUUACAUAUGUUAGAUGAACAUGAUAUUAUUGUAGUUGACUUGAGCUUGAAUAAUUUCCUCUGUGAAAAACUUAAUCAAUUACACUGUAUAUGACAAAAGAUAUUUUCUCCUACUUAAUUUAUGAUUUUUUUUUAUAUUGCCAUAAAACAUUUCCAUGACACUGUAUAGGAAGAAUUACAUGGAAUAAUUCAAUGAUGUCAGCACUACAUGAAAUUGCAUUUUCAUGUAGGUCAUAUCAUUUUGUAAUGUUUUUUUUUAUUUGAAAAUCCUCAGUGUGCUAGAAAACUGAUUUAAAGGGGUUGAUUAGUGAUUUUGAUAAUCCUUUAAUGCUCUUUAAUUUUGCUAUCCAAUGAUUAGGUAUCUUAAAUUUAAAUAUCUGUCAAUAUACUUGAAAGAUAUUUUCAUAAUUUUGUGCUUUGAUAAGGUGAUUCUGGUCUGUAGUUAAUCUGCUAUGCAUUAGCAAAAAAUGAUAGUCUGAACUUUUGAAAAGGUUGAUACAAAUAUAAUGUGAUACUCAGAUUCUCAAUAUAAAAAAGCACAAAUUAAAUAUUUAUCAAUAAUGUGAAGAUAGCCCAAAAAAAAAUUUAACCAGUAUAAUUUUAAAAAUGAUAUAUGUUCUCUUGACCAGAAAUGUGUAAUCUUUUAUUUUUUAAUGAGAAAUGUGUGUCCUAGAUAUUUCUGAAAAUGUAUUAUAGACAUAUGUGUAUUACCAAAUAAUGUAUGUGUGCGUGUUUACUAAGAUUUACAUUUUAAGUUCAUUAACAUCUUCAUCUAUUCAGUUUCAACUAGUAGUAGUAGUUCUUUCACCAAUUUCAUAUCUCUGUACAGAAGAAUACAAAUGUUGAAUGUUUUAAAUGGUUGUGAGAAAUGAAUGGGAAAUGAAUUCCAUGUUUCCUGUAUGUUGUAAUGGUGAACCCAUUCUUCUUUUUUUUGUCUUAUUUGUUACCAGGUAAUAGACAUACACAUUAACAUCAUUUUCUCAAAUUCACACAAACUACUGGUACUGUUAUUACUGGACAAACACUAAAACCAUUACUGAUUCAAAGAUAUUAGUGUCAAUAUGAUUUAUUUUUUUUUAGAAUUGCAGUGUGGGUUAAAAUAUUUGUUAAUGUGUAUUUUUAAUUUCUAUAAUAGCAUGUAUUGUGUAGCUCAUUCUGAAGACUUGUACAUUUUGUCAUAAUUUAUAACAUUUGUUGCACGACAGAUUUGUUCAUAAGUGAUAAAAAAAAAUGUCUGACAAUUUUACUUUUUAUAUUGAUUUCACAAUAAAUCAAGUCUGUUUAAUCUGUUAACAGUUGCAGAGUUGUGAUAUAAACUCAAAUAUUGAAUGCUUUUGUUAGUUUUCAAAAGAGGUAAACAUUUGUCAGUCAACAAAUACAUUUUUGUGUGCUUCAAGUCAAUACUGCAGGCUCAACUAUAUACCAUAUUCACUUUUUUUUUUAUUUGGGUUUUACACAUUUUUGACUGAUAUUUCAAUUUGAUCAUUUACACAGUUUUGUUUCUGCUAGAGUGCAAGCAAAGAGUUUUUGGCAUCAUUGUGCUCUCUACUUAAGAAAAUGUAUUAUUUAAAGAUUGAUUGGCUUUGAAAGCUGCCCUUAAAUGGCUAACACCAUUCCUUUUAUUAAAUUUUAAUUUAUGUGAACAAUUUGCAGUUACAUAAGACAUUUAACAAAGUACACCAGGUUAAGGAGAACUGUUGACUAUUUCAAUUUAUUCAUUUCAGAUACAUAAUUAUUUUAUGUUUGUUUGCCUUGUUGUUUUUUUUUAUUUAUCAAUGGUUUAUAAUUUAUAUUUUUUGUUUUUUUUUAAGAUAAAGAGAACAGAAGCUACAUUUGGUUUAAAUAUGAAUAAUGUACAAAAUACAUAAACUUCAUUCAAUGAUAGCAAGAAUAUUUGCAAACUACAGGCAACUGUUAUUUCUAACAAUAUCUUUACUUUUGGGCAGAACUAUCUAGGUUAACUUUAAAUGAACAACCGACUAAUUGAUUGUACAUCCUAGAAAAAAAUCUAUAGAAUUUAGAAUAUUCUACUAAUUCAUACAAUUUACCAUGUUUACUAGGUAUCAGAUAAAAAAAUAUAAUAUAAAUAUGUUUGCUCAAUUAAAAAUAGAACAAUCUUUGCCAUUAUAAAUGUUUUUAUAAUUAAAUUUUGUUACAUUUCUACAGUACUGAUGGUUUCAAUAUCUUAUAGUGAUGUUUAAUGACAUUUGACCUUGUAUAGUUAAUCAGUAGUGAUAAGGUUCAUUUUUUUUGUGAUUCAGCGUUUUAAAUUCUUGAAAUUGACAUUUGAAUUACUUAUAAUUUUUUUAAAUGUACAUUUUUGAUGAUAUUUCAACUUUUUUUUGUUUAAAGCUAAGUGUUUUAACAUUAGCAGUGAUUAGACUAAAAGUAUUGAAUUCUUUAUCCACCAUCAUGUUGUAUUUAGUUCUAUAUUGUAUUAAUUUAAUGUUCAUUGUCUCAGUUAUAUUUUAUUUUUUAUUCAAGAGUAUAUUAUUACCAAGUACCAACAAUUUAAAGUAUAGUGAAAAUUAAAAAAAAACUUGUAAAUAAUUCAUUGUUUCUAAGUUGUUUGUCAUGUUGAAACAUAACUUUGGCACUUGUGUUGGGUUUCAUUAGGUUUUUCAUAAUUAAAACUAACUACUUUAAACAGCUCAUAAGUGUUUCUUUGGUUUGCUAAAUGGGAAUAUGUUUAUUCAACCAGUAUGCAUCCAAAUCUUUUGUUGUAUCUGUUGAUCUGAUUUCCCUAUAUCUUUUUUAUCCCAAAUAUUCAAGUUAACAUGUGUGAAGUAGGUAGGUCAGGUUUGAGUAGCUUUAAAACCAUGCUCCUCAUUAAGUCUUGUAAAUCUGUCACAUGCUAAACUUUCUCUCUGACUAUGAAAGAUCAUCUGCUGCUCCACUUAUUUUGUUAAAGUCUGUCUUGUUGUUGGUUAUCAUAUUUUUGCAUACUGGUUGAAUGAAUAAAGGUAGUUUUCUAAUAAAUAUAAAAUAGGCAAGGUGUCUGUUAGUCUAGUGCUAAAAAAAAAUGUACAUUUUUUUUGAAAGUGUUAAUUAGAAUUGAUGUUUUUUAACAUUUGAUUCCAAUUUUUGCUUUUUCCCAGCAUGUACCUUUUUUUUUUUUUUCUACAAAUACCACAUUGAAAUGUGUUUGUGUGUUGCUUGUAAAAAGUCUCAAGUAAAAACUAUCAAUUGUUAUGAACAGAAAAAGUUGGAUCAAGUUCAGAAUUUCUUGAUUCUUUCUAUUUUUCAGAUGUAUUUCCACUUUGAAAAGUAACCACAUGUUUUGUUAACAUAAAGCAUUAUUCUUUUUUUAUUUUCCCCCUACUGUGACAGACACACUGCAUCUUUUUGAUCUUCUUUGCAUUUAUGUAUGAUUUUAAUUUGUUCCUUUAAAGACGAGAUGUUCUAUUUUUCAAACACACAAGCAAACAUGCAAUGUUAUCCUAAACCUAGUCAUCAAGCCUCUUUGUGUGCUAAAGGGCACAUACAUUCAGCUAAACUGGGGUGAAUGUCCUUAUCCCAUUUGAAAUCUCUUUUGUUGUAAUGAUUAAAUUUUUUUUAUUAUUUGUAUAGUGGUCAGUGCUAAAUGAAUUGCAUUCUAUUUGUGUAAAACAUGUCAAUCAGAAGCUCCAUGAUCAAGGUCUGUGAAUUGGUGUACACUCUAAUGUUCUUUUUUUUUUUUUUUAAUUCAAAUAAAUUAUUUUUGUGAUUCGAAGUGUUUUUAUGAUUGAUAUCUGAUUAAACAAAGUGAAACCUGUCAA